AUGCCUUCUGCGGAUGCUCCCCUUUUGGUUGGCUUUGGUGCCAACUACUUUCGCAAUAUGGGUCCUGCCAAGCGAGUGAGUCUGAGGCAUGACGAAAGCACCAAAAUCAAAGCCUACGUGUUGGAAGCAGGCAAUGCACCAUGGGACGAACAGGACGACACUCUCCUUUCGGUAGACACCACUGCGUCGGCGACCGUAUUUUUGACGAGGGGAGGGAAAAUCUACAUGUCUGGAACCAUGCAUGGACGAAUUGAGACUCCCAUUACGCGGACCAUUAUUCCGCUCCCUCUCAAAUGUGUCGAGAUUUCCUGUGGCCGGCAUUUUGGAUUGGCACGCAUGGAAGGAGGUCUGGCAGUUUGCAGUUGGGGUGCUGGCCAUUUUGGACAGCUGGGAUUGGGGCAUGAUAGUGCUCCUUGUAUAAACCAUCCAACUGUCAUUGAAUCACUUCUUCCUCAUGUUGUGGGUGCUCCUAUUAAGGGAAUUUGUGCGGGAUAUUGGCACGCCAUGGCCCUCACGGAAGCGGGAGAAAUAUACAGCUGGGGAUGCAAUCGAAAUUCACAAUGCGGGAUGAAGCCAACCAAGGAUCCGCCGACUCUGACAGCGCCUCAACGUGUUCGAUUUGAAUUGCAACGGACAAACCCAAAAAUUGUCAAGCUGUCAGCCGGUCGAUCCCAUUCGGUUGCUCUGGACGACAAGGGAGCUGUUUAUUGUUGGGGAUCUUGUAGCUUUGGUCAAUGUGGGCCAGUUGGGAGAAGACGAGGAGGUACAGCGCCUCCCAAGCAAGUGGAAGCGUUGACACAGGUACAGAUUGUGGAUAUUGCUGCUGGGGAUGCCCACACACUUUCGCUCACGGGCGGAGGCCGUGUCUUUGGAUGGGGAGGUGGUUUUGAAGGGCAACUUGGUAUUGGUUCGAUCAUACAGUUGAAUCCAAAGCCCAAACUAGUGGCGGAUCUUGAUUUUGUCGCCUUGCAAGCCAACCGGGAAUUCAAGUCACAGCAAUCAGGUGGCAGCUCAUCCGAAUUGGGUGUCCAUGACAGACUCGCAAAGGUAGCAAAGGUACUCUCAAUCCAUGCUUCUGGCAAUUCUUCCUAUGCCACCAGUUCCGCUGGACAUGUUUACUCCUGGGGUUGCAACGAUGUGGAGAGUCUGGGGCUUCCCAAGUUGGAUCCAUCCAAACUGGUCUAUGCAGAACCGGGACUGCCACUUCCCACUGGAACCUCCAUCAAGAGCGGCCAUACACAUUCGUUUGACUCGUCGCACAAUGUGGCUUUGCCAAAACGAGUGGAUUGUUUGCAGGAUAUGCACAUUACACACAUUUCUGCAUCUCCCACAUUUUUGUGGUGUAUCGGCACCAAACGCGUCGACGAGGACAAGCCCGUCAAUUCCUUUUCCAUGGAAUCCCGAUCAAUUAGUUCCGUAUCGAUAGAAGAACCAAGAAGCCCGACCGCAUCGGUAACCAGCAAGAAAUCGGCUGCUAGUAAAAUGUCAGGUGCCAGCAGUACGCGAGGGAGACCUCCCCAAUCACCCAGAAUGCCAAGUGGGCAAGAUCCACCAGGUCCGGUCAACUCUCCAAUUAAUUCUGACAAUGAAACUACUACUCGAGCCGAAGAAAGUACUAUAAAUGAUUCGUAUGACGAGGGAUCUACCUCAAGGCACUCGGCGGGUGUCCUUUCCAGUGAACGAUCGAAAUCGAAUCGCAAUCCAAAGACUUUGGAGGACAGCAAAAUGUCCUUUGAUACCAGCUCCAAGUCGCUGGGCAAUGUUAGUGAAGGCAGUGGCGGGGAAGCAAAGUCACCGUCCAAAGCCAAAAAGAUUUUCUCCAAAAAGUCCUUCAAGAAGGGUGUCGCCAAGUUUGCUCGGAGAGCAAGUCAUGGAGCCUUUGGCAAAACAUCUGAGUCCCUCGAAGGAGAAAAUCAGAAAAAGCCCAAGCGGCGAAGCUUCUUUGGUGGAAGUUAG